AAUGUAAAUCUGGACCCUUUUAAAGUAGGUACAUGCGCCCCACAAAUAUUUUGCGACCAUAAGGUGGCGCAAAGGAAAAGACGUGACGAAUUUUGAAAGAAUUAAGAGGUGUAUUUAUUUACAUCAUAAACGAGCAGCUCCGCAGCAUCAUUUUCAAGCCGUCCUUUGCUUCACCAUUAUCAGUCCAGAGGGACGAGCCUUUAUUAUUAAUGCUCCGGUCCUCCACUGAUCGGUUCGGUUCACUCAUCAUCAUCAUCAUCACCAUCAUCUGGGACUUAAUGAGUUUGUCAGUGAUUAAAGAGCCUGUCUGCUGAUGAACCGGACUGGAUUCUGCCGUGAAAAUGGAGUUUGUGGAGAGGAAACGGAGCAGGAAAUCUCAGAGCUUUAAACUGGUCAGUGAUGCAGAUCUCUUUCAUGAAUUGGAUGAUGUGGACCAAAAUGACACUGAAGGAGAUGCCCUGGAUGCUUCUGAAAGUGAAGUCUGGUUAGGUGAUGAAGGCAUGGAGAUAAAGAAACAAAUAACAGGCAUGAUGCGUUUGCUGAGUGACAAAACAGGACGUGUGUACCAGCGGGUAGGAAGAGAGAGGGAAACGCUUAAACAAGAGCCGCAGGAAGAGGCUUUCAGCAUGCCUGCGGCCCAGAGCCCGACCCAUGAAAAUCCGCAGUACUGGAGCUCUGUUCUGCCUCUGACUCACGGGCAAUACGGCACCCGCUCCAAAACCCAGAGGAUGCUGAACCACUCCAAGACACAUGACAUGGCCUUGCCCCCUGCGCCUGCUGCCAUGGCAACUGAAUCCAGCUGCUGUAUGUGUAACUGCAAGAGCACCCUGCGGGCGAUUCUGCUGGAGUUACGUACCAUGAGAAAACUGAUCCAGACUCAAAGAGGAGCUCAGGACAAACAGAGCUGCCAGGUCUCGGUUCCUUUAUCCCGUAACUCCAUCUCCAGGAGGAGGACACGAAAAAGAAGGCCAGGUCACAGAGUGACUGUGCUGACCACUUCCUCCAAACAACCGACACCUUUGUCUCCGCCCGCUGAGACUGAUGCUGUUAUAGAAUCAGAUCUAAAGGAAAAGCCGUCCAGAGAGGUGACAUCUAUUCCAGAUCCCUUUCCCAGUUUGCAGACCCUUCCCUCUCACUAUCAUGUGACUAGAGGCCAGAGCACCACAGAGCCGGAGGUGCAGUUGGCGGAGGAUCAUGCUGUAUUCAUCUCUAAAGCACAGUUAGACUCUAUCUUGCUGAACUACACACGCUCCGGCAGCCUGCUCUUUAGGAAACUGGUGUGUGCUUUCUUUGAUGAUGCCACGCUCGCUAACUCACUGCCCAACGGCAAGAGAAAGAGAGGCCUGAAUGACACCAGGAAAGGACUGGAUCAGAACAUUGUAGGAGCCAUUAAAGCGUUCACAGAAAAGUAUUGCACUGCCAACGGAAUUGAGAAGCUUCCAGGCCCCAGAGACUGGGUCCAGAUUCUGCAAGAUCAGAUUAAACUUGCCCGUCGACGCUUAAAACGGGCAGAGACAGCUUCAGAUGUCAGUGAGAUCCUGCACAGAACAUGUGCAGACACGACAGAGAAAUGUCCACAAACUCUUAAUAAAGUGGAGACUGUGAUACAAAACGGUGCUGUUUAUGAAAGAACAGAAUGUCUAGUUGCUAUGGACACUGAAUGAGCAGAGAUUGUUAUUAUAAAAAUGCAACCUCCGACCUACCCAAAGGAGAUUUUUUUUAUUUUAUCUGCCUAGACUGUACGACGUAUUGGAUAUCAAUUUGAAAUGAUCACGGUCAGCUCGCCAAAAAGAAGAAUGUUUGUCUGUGUAAAAGCAACAACAUUUCACUGACCACAGUUAGGGCUUCACUUGUGCUAUGUUCCAUUACAGACGUUUGUAACACUAUUCUCAUUUGAUUGUUUUAAAGUAGGUUGUCGCUGAUGUCACCAGUCUUCUAAGAACAUACGGAAGUGUUUGUAUUUUUAUGCUUUAUCCAAACACUUCACCAACACAUAUCAGCAGAAGAGCUGAUCGAGAAAACAUGACUGUGCCUUUAAUUCACUCAGCCAUGCCUAGCAACAAACUGAUGUCAUUUCAUGGUUGUGCUGGUCAUUGAUUCUUUCUGGUGAAAUAUGUGACAUUUUAUAUAUUAAUAUUAUCUGCAUAUAAUCUUACUGAUGUGUCAUUGGAAAUAUAAUCUGGCAGACUGGCUAUGUACCGUUUGAUUUUCUGUAAGGAUUUGGUGUCUGUUGAAUGUGUACAGAGUGAAUAGUGUCUUAUGUCUCAGUAACAAAAGAGUUUUACCUCAUGCUUAAGUACUGUAACUGUAAAUGUUAAAUGAAUAUUUCCGGUUAAAUACAAGUUAAGAUCCAUAAACAUUUGUGAAAUGGAAAUAAACUCAAGCAACCUCAAACACUGAAAAACAGGUCUAAGCUUAUUUUCUUUAGUUGUCUACAGCAUUUUGCAUAUGAUGUCCAUAGCGCUUAACUUGGAUUUAACAAAAUGUAUUUAAAUGCACAGAUUGUCCGUCUGUGGCUCUUUUUACAAUCUCUCUGUUUUAAAGCAGAUCAAGCUUAACUUUAGGUUUAUCAGUGGUAGAUUGCUUGAUCUGAGACUUCAAAUAAAUUAUAUGGUUGAGUCUUACAUGGUAGACAUGAGCAAGAGCCUGUGUGUUUACAUUGUUUUCUUGGAGACAAAAUAACUUUAACAUGUAUUUAUUAUUAAUUAUUUAAUAAAUAUUGAUUAUUCAUUUUAAAUGUUUGUG